AUGCCAAAUCCUCGAAUAAUUCCAAGACAAAAUUUCCACGCCGACCAAGAAGUCCAUACAAUUUACCAAUUUUUUACUACUAAACCUGGAGCUGACCCUAAUUAUUAUGAUGACUAUUUUUCUUUUUUUGUAAAGCCAAGUAAUGCGCAACGUCAACAAUUAAAAGAAAUUUAUCGUUCAAAAUACGGAGGUGCUGAUUUGGUUGAAGAUUUAAAGAAACGCUUACCUCCUAGUGAAUUGGCUACUAACCAAUUAUUUUUGGCAUUAUUGGAUACUCCGGCAUAUCAUGAUGCUAAAUAUUUACAAAAAGCUAUGAAAGGUUUGGGUACUGAUGAGGAUGCUUUAAUUGAGAUUUUGGUAACUCGUGGUAACAUUCAAUUGAGACAAAUUAAACAUGCAUAUCAAGAAUUAUAUGGAAAAGAUUUGGUUAAAGAUAUUGCUUCCGAGACUAGUGGAACAUUUAAAGCAUUACUUUUAGAUUUAUUGGAAGCUAAUAGAGAUGAAAGUUUCAGAACAAGUCCAGAACAAGCCAAAAUAGAUGCUGAUGCUCUAUACAAAGCUGGAGAAAAGAAAUGGGGAACUGAUGAGGCUGUUUUUAUUAAAAUUUUGGCUAAUCAAAACUUUAAUCAACUCUCAUUACUUUUUGAAGAGUACCAAAAAUUAACAAAACAUUCAAUGGAACAAGCUAUAAAGUCCGAAUUUAGUGGCGAUGAUUGUAAGGCUUUAUUGUCUAUUUGUAAUUUUGUUCGUAAUGGAAUAUAUGGAGAAGUAGCUGAAAUGUUACAUAAAAAUAUACAAGGAGUCAAAGACGAUACUUUAAUUCAUUUGGUUGUUGCUCAUUCUGAAUUAGAUUUGGGGGAUAUUGCUGAUGAAUAUUUUAAACGAUUUAAGAUACCGUUAGAACAAGCAAUUGAAAAAAGUGGAAAAUCGACAAUCUUAAAACGUGCUCUUGUUUAUAUGAUUAAAGGGAAUAAAUGA